AUGGCUUAUGUGAACAUUCCGCGAUACCGGGACGACCCGAACUACCGCUACAAGAUGCCCAGGAUCCAGUCGAGGAUCGAGGGCAGGGGCAACGGCACCAAGACUAACAUUUCUAACAUGGGGGACAUUGCGAGGGCGCUCAAGAGGCCCCCGACCUACGCGACGAAGUUUUUCGGCUGCGAGCUGGGCGCAAUGUCGAAGUUCGAGGAGGCCGAGGAGAAGGCGCUCAUAAACGGGGCGCACACGGACAGCUCCCUCGCGGCAGUCCUCGACAAGUUCAUUGAGCUGUACGUGCUGUGCCAGAACUGCCAGCUGCCCGAGAUCGAGGUGCUCGUGAAGCGCGGGGAGCUCCACUCGUCCUGCAACGCCUGCGGCCACAAGGGGGUCCUGGACAUGACGCACAAGGCGGCCAGCUACAUGAUCAAGAACCCGAUAAGCAGCCCUUCCAAGAUGCAGAAGGAGGGCUCGAGUCUCAACAAGGACAAGAUGAACGGCGCCGCCAAGUCCGACAAGCUAAACGGGACCAAGGCUGAGAAGGUCAAGAAGAGGACCGAGAAGGGAGACAAGGUCGACAAGACUGAGAAGGCAGAUAGGUCCAGCAGGUCCCACCACGACUCCGAGGCUAAGGAACGCGAGGAUGACCUCAGCGUCGAGAGCCCGGAGCUCUUCGACAUCGUCAACAGGCUGCGGUGCUACCUGGAGAAGGGCGAGCGCUCCUGCGAGGACUUCUCGGAGGAGCUGCACAUGCUCCAGCUCUCGCAGGGCUUCGACAACGUCAGCAGGUUCUUCAUCGCGCUCUCGGCCAUCUUCAAGCAGGACGAGCCGCUCUCAGUCGACCUAUUCAAGGAGAAGAUUGAGCUCGUCAAGGCCGCCACCUCGUACUCGAUGACGCCCAAGGAGAAGAUCUGCGCGCUCGAGUACUUCAUCUUCCAGGCGAACCCGAGCGAGAUUAACAACUUCCCCUACUACUCGCAGGCGCUCUACUCCAACGACAUCCUCGAGGGCAGCGACUUCAUCCGCUACUACAACAAGGCCACCAGGCACACCGGCAACCUGAACAGCAUCUUCCUGCGUGCCAAGGAGACCAUCGCCCCCUUCAUCGAGUGGCUUCAGGAGGACGACUAG